AUGGCUGUUUUACAAACCUUAAGGGAGAACAAGCUCUAUGCGAAGUUUUCCAAGUGUGAGUUUUGGUUAGAGAAGGUAGCAUUUCUGGGUCACUUUGUAUCCAAGUAUGGGGUAGAAGUAGAUCCAGCAAAGAUUGAGGCAGUGAAAGGAUGGCCUACGCCAAGGACGGUGUCUGACAUCAGGAGUUUCUUAGGUUUAGCAAGGUAUUAUAGGUGUUUUGUAAAGGACUUUUCUAGGAUUGCUAAGCCUAUGACCUCUCUAAUGAAGAAGGACAAGAAGUUUGAGUGGGAUGAGAAGUGUGAGGAAGCGUUUCAACUUUUGAAGCAAAAGUCGUUUACGGCACCGGUUCUAACAUUGCCAGAUGAUAGUGGGAUCUACGAUGUGUAUUGUGAUGCAUCUUAG